CUAAUAUUAGUUUUUAUUCAGGAUGAAGAAGAAGAGAUAAAAAUGGAGAUCAAUAUGCUGAAGAAGUACUCUCAUCACAGGAAUAUUGCUACUUAUUACGGAGCAUUCAUUAAGAAAUUACCUUCAUCGACUGGAAAACAUGAUCAGCUGUGGCUAGUAAUGGAGUUUUGUGGGAGCGGUUCUGUUACAGAUCUUGUGAAAAGCACUAAAGGAGCUUGCUUGAAGGAGGACUGGAUUGCUUACAUUUGCCGAGAAAUUCUAAGGGGUUUAUAUCAUCUGCACCAGAACAAAGUGAUUCAUCGUGAUAUUAAGGGUCAGAAUGUUCUUUUAACCGAUAAUGGGGAAGUAAAGUUGGUUGACUUUGGAGUGAGUGCUCAACUGGAUAGGACUGUGGGUCGGCGAAACACUUUCAUUGGGACGCCUUACUGGUUUAAUUUUAGGAUGGCUCCAGAAGUCAUAGCUUGUGACGAGAAUCCUAAAGCCACAUAUGAUUCUAGAAGUGACCUUUGGUCCUUGGGAAUUACAGCUUUGGAAAUGGCCGAAGGACAUCCGCCGUUAGUGGACAUGCAUCCAAUGCGUGCUUUGUUUCUUAUUCCUCGUAACUCGCCCCCGAGGCUGAAACGCGGGAAGAAAUGGUCUAAAAAAUUUGAAGCAUUUAUUGAGACAGUCUUGGUGAAAGAUUAUACGCAACGUCCGUAUACAGACCAGCUUCUGAGACACCCGUUUAUCAGAGACCAACCUCCUGAAAGGCAAACUCGUAUUGCCAUUAAGGACCAUCAGGAUCGGCAUAGAAGGAUGAACAGUAAGAAAGACGAAACCGAAUACGAGUAUUCCGGAAGUGAUGACGAUGAAAAUCACGGUCAAAACGGCAAAGCUUUCGACCCUCAGUCAGAUUUAGCAAGUGCGCUUCAGUCAUCGCAUGACAACACACUGAGGAAAGGAUUUCAAAGACUGCAAGAGAAUAAUAAAAACAUAUUUGAGCAUUCAUCAGGAAUGCAGGUGAGGCAGAGGAAUGUUGUUGGGGGCCCUAUUUCAUCACAUCAUCAUCAGUUACAGAAAAUAUCCGCACAAGGGUACCAUAGACAAGAAUUUGGCGCACAAGUUAAUGAUCUUUCGCGUGAAAACAUAAAGCUUAGGCAACAGCAGGUGGAUCCGAGAGUAGCGCUCAACAGUGGUCGUCAAAUAAUGGCGCAGGAGCAUCGACGGUCGCAAAGGCCUCUUUCGCACCACCAGUCGGCACAACAGUGUGGAAUUUCUCCGCAUCUCUCAAAUGCGAUGACACCUCCUCAGAACCAUCCAGCUGCUCCGCAUCUUGCCAAUUUAGCUAACUACGACCGAAAGCGACGUAAUGAAAAGGAAGCUGCUAGGUUAUUAGCGGAGCAGAGAAGGGAUAGAAGUGCAGCUUCGCGAGAUAUUCACGAACCUUCUAGGGAUCCUUUACGGUCACCACCUCAUAUUACACGAGUCAGUGCAUCAGUAGCUGCUCCUCCCAGUCGAAAGCUGAGUGAGCCAGUUUUGAAUGGAAGGCCUGAGGUAAAGGGAGUCGCAUCCAUUAAAUUUCAGGAUUUGGAUGUUUUGGCUAAUGAAUUAACCCGUAUUGGUCGUCACCAGCAACAGCAAAUAAAUGGCAGCUCAAGCCCACCACCUCCCGCUCCACCCCCUCGAGAUGCGUCAAUUGUAAGUGUUGGAGAUGACACUUCUUUGUCGCAUGAUGGAACACUUUUGGUCAGUGAACCGGCGUCCACUCAUAAUCGUGAAACGAUUAUUGAGGAAGGGAUACUUCAGGGGCCUAAUAAGCCUCUGCCUCCAACUCCCACCGAACAGCAGUCUAGCACUGAGUUGGUAGACAGUUCAUGCACAUUGCUUGCCUCGCACAAACGAAACAACAGCUUGGAGCUUGGUCACCGCAGCAAUCUUGAUUUUGACCGACAUGCGCUGUUUUCGCAAAUGGUGAAGAAUUCUUCAGUGCCCGACAAUCCAAGUCCUGAGAUUAUUGUUGGCAGUGGUGAAUCUUCCAGUACUUCUGAUUCCGGUGGUUCUUCUCCAGAGCACUCACCUUUAGACGCACGCAAAGACAUGGGUCGAAACGCUAAUUGUGUUUCCCCCGUUGUCAAUGGCUCGCGAAGUGCUGUACUGCCCGAUUUAUUGCCGAAAACUUUAGCUGAUAGGAUGCUGCCAUCAAGUGCUUUCGCCAAAGAUCAUCCAUCUGCCUGUAUGGAGACUCAGUUUGUUGAGGAAGUGGGGUUUUUUUUUUAA